CUCCUGCAGCCUCUUUCUCUCUCUCUCUCUCUGUCUCUCUCUGUGUCUCUGGGGCUGAUGUGAGGUGGGACAGAGUCUCAGGCUGGUAAACUAACUCCCUGUUUUUGCUUCUUUGUGAAGUUUAGCGACUUUUCAUCUGAACGAGCGCGCGAUGGCCGGAUUAAAGUAUUUGAGCGGUUUUGGAAAUGAGUUCUCCUCUGAGGAUCCUCGCUGUCCCGGGGCUCUACCCGAAGGACAGAACAAUCCGCAGGUGUGUCCGUACGGACUGUAUGCUGAGCAGCUCUCAGGCUCAGCCUUCACUUGUCCACGAGGAACCAAUAAGAGGAGCUGGCUGUACCGUAUUCUACCUUCUGUUCAGCACAAACCCUUCACUCCCAUCACCUGUGGAAACCUCACUGAGGACUGGAAUGAGGUGGAACCUGAUCCCAACCAGCUUCGCUGGAAGCCGUUUACCAUCACUAAAGCGCUGGAGAAGAAGGUGGACUUCGUAGCGGGUCUGCACACAAUCUGUGGUGCUGGAGACUCGAAAUCCCGCAAUGGAAUCGCCAUCCACAUCUACACCUGCAACACCUCUAUGAUUGACAAGUGCGUCCAGAACUCGGAUGGUGAUUUCCUUAUUGUGCCGCAAAAAGGUGAAAUCUUGGUCACCACCGAGUUUGGGAAGAUGAUGGUGGAGCCGAAAGAGAUCUGCGUCAUUCAGCAAGGGAUGCGUUUCAGUGUGGAUGUGUUUGGCGAGACCAGAGGUUAUAUCCUGGAGGUCUAUGGUGCUCACUUCGAGCUGCCAGACCUCGGACCCAUAGGAGCUAAUGGACUCGCUAAUCCCAGAGACUAUCUGACUCCUGUGGCUUGGUUUGAGGAUCGAACCGUAGCCACGGGUUACACCAUCAUCAGCAAGUACCAGGGGAAACUCUUCUCCUCUCUGCAGGACUUUUCCCCCUUUAACGUGGUGGCGUGGCACGGAAACUACACCCCCUACAAAUACAACCUGGAGAACUUCAUGGUCAUCAACUGCGUCGCGUUCGAUCACGCUGAUCCGUCCAUUUUUACUGUCCUGACGGCCAAAUCCACUCGGCCCGGUGUCGCCAUUGCUGACUUUGUCAUCUUUCCACCACGCUGGGGAGUCGCGGAUCACACCUUCAGACCCCCGUACUAUCACAGGAACUGCAUGAGCGAGUUCAUGGGUUUGAUUAAGGGUCACUAUGAGGCGAAGGAGGAAGGUUUCCAGCCUGGAGGAGCGAGUCUGCACAGCAUAAUGAUCCCUCACGGCCCCGAUGCCGACUGCUUCGAGAAGAACAGCACGGCCAAGCUCAAACCCGAGAGAGUCGCUGAGGGAACCAUGUCCUUUAUGUUCGAGUCCUCCUUCAGCAUGGCGGUGACCAAGUGGGGGCUCGAGACGUGCCAGUGUCUGGACAAGAACUACUACAAAUGCUGGGAGCCUCUGAAGAAACACUUCGACCCUAACUGGAAACCUGGCAGUGUGUCAGGUGGCAAAACCAGCCUUAACUAUCCACACUAAUUACCCAUGUUUAAUUAUUAUCCCCUAUAUACAGUAUACACAGAUAUAUCGCUCAGCUGCAGGGGAAAGCGUUAUAGCAUAGACAUAUGGAGUUAAAGCUGAAAAUAAAUUACAUUUAAACA